AUGUCAAAAAUGUCAUGUCAAAAUUGAAAAUUCUACGAUCAUCAUUUAAGUAAUCACCACUUUCAUAUUCAUUUUCGGCAUUUCAGUUUAAUUCAAAUUUUCAGCGGUAUCAUGAAUCAUUUCGUGUGAUAUGACCCGUCGUCCAUCACCCUUAGACAACGAACAGUGUAGACAAUGCUCAAGUUUUUCAGAAUAUAUGAAAUCAACCAGAAAAAAAGGACUGGAAGAAGGUGCAGGUAGCGCUGCCACAAAUAGUGCCAAUGGGGACCUUCCACCAAGAAGGGAAGACUGCCCCCUCGACAAAGAUGAGUUAGGAAAUAAAUCUUGGGGUUUACUGCACACGAUUGCGGCUAAAUAUCCGGAACAACCCAGCAAGCAGGAACAAUGUGAUAUGAAGACAUUUUUCUCAUUGAUUUCAAAGUUUUAUCCUUGCGAACACUGUGCAAAGGACUUCAGAGACGAAUUGAAAAUUGAUCCACCGAAGACCGAAUCCCAAGACGCUUUGAGCCAGUGGUUGUGCCGGCUGCACAACAAAGUUAACGUGAAGUUAGGUAAAGAGAUAUUUGACUGUUCGAAGGUGAACGAAAGGUGGCGAGACGGAUGGCUUGAUGGAUCGUGUGAUUAACGCUAAGGAAUAAUCAUCACUAGUUUCUAAUUUAGAAAAGACGAAAGUUUAAUAAAGGCAUUCACGUUACCAGUUUUAAA